GAAGUUGUAGGAUUUUGCCUUUCCCCACUUUUGGGGGAAAUGUAGUAGAAUUUCCCUCAGAUCAUGCGCCAUGGGUCCUUUAGCAAUCCUCUGGCAGUCGCCCCAGAAUCUGGCCACCUUUCCCCAACAUUUUCUCCAGUAUCCGUCGAACCGUUCGCUCAAAACGGUCGAUAACGCGCUCAACGGGGCGAACUUCUGUGCAAUGUCGUGUCUCACAAGUUCUGUGAAGCAAAUUUGAGGUGUUUGCUGCUAAAUUAACGGGCAAUCAGGUCACGCACUAGGCUCACGCACGUACCACGAGGCCCACACGCAUUCACGCACCACCCAAGUUACGCAAAAGUGCAAGAAAGGACCGCAAAAGAACUUUCCCCGCAAAAAAAAAGAAAAUUCGGUCAAAGUGCAAGCUAUAGAAAAAAAUGGGGAAAAGCUCGUGAAAAUUUUGUGUGUGCUACAUGCAGAAAGCUUUUUGUUCCUCCCACAGCUUUUCGCAUUUCUCCCAUUAAGAAAAGAAGAUUUUUUUUCACAUAGAAUUCACACGAGGGCAGGAAGUUUCCUUGCGCGACAUCCCAUCGUCAUUUCUCGCAAAAGGAUUAGAGGAAGAGAGAAAGAGGAAAAAAAGGGAAGAAAAUCCGUGUGAAAAGUGAGCAGUAUAUUUUCCCCCGAGAAAUGGAGACGCGAGGAAUGUUGCGAAAAACUUGAUGGAAUUUUUGCAACAAGGAAAAUCCAUGGGAAUUCUGUGAAAAGACGGAAAAUACAUAUGCGUGACUAGAGCAGAGCCUCCACAGAGGCACCAAGAUUCUUUCUUGAGACACACAAAAUCACACAAAAAUUGUAGAGAGAAAAAAUUACACAAAAAUAGCGUAGAGAAUUGCUCCCAAAACAUCUUCUCACAUCACAGAAAUGCUUUAGAAAACUCUGAAGUUCAGGAGACCGGGUUGGUUUUGCUUAAGAACAAAAAAAAAAACUUAGAAGUAAAAUCGAUUAACAUUUAAGGAGAGAGAAGAAACGGAAGAGGGUGAUAGAGGCAAGAGGGUGAGGGAGAAAAAGGGCGGGAAAAUGCCUGAUCCAGACAGUUACGAUGAUGAGCUCGUGUCGGCAAACCAGAAUCAACGAAACUGGCGUGGAAUUCUCAUUGCUCUCCUUGUGAUUAUAAUCGUCCUGGCGCUAAUUGUCACCUCUGUGGUCCUUCUCACACCACCCGAUGAGGGUCCACGCGUCAAAGGGGAGCGCAUAAAAUUGCAGGACAUCGUCAAUGGGGAGUACAAUGCGCUGAAGGUUAAUGGGGACUGGGUGGGUCCCGAUGAGUUCCUCUAUGAGAAUCAAUGGGGCGAAAUAAGUUUGCUCAAUGUGGCUAAUCUCUCAACCAAGACACUCAUGUCCAACACAACAUUUAAAGCACUGAGUCCUGUUAAGUUUUCCGUAUCACGGGACCGGAAGUACCUCCUUCUGGCGCACAAUGUGCAAAAGCUCUUCCGACACAGCUUCCUUGCACAGUACAGCGUCUUCGACAUUUCCACGAGUGAAACAUUCCAAUUGUCCCCGCAUCCGGAUGACCCACAGUGGCCAUACCUGCUGCACGCGCAAUUCACCCCCAACAGCAAUAGCAUUGUGAUGGUGUACAAGUACGACAUCUACUUCCGCACCAGCCCACGUUCACCGCAGUCGUACCGUGUCACGAAGACUGGGGUGCCGGGUGUGAUACACAACGGUGUGGCGGAUUGGCUGUAUGAGGAGGAGGUGCUGGGGACAAGUGCCUCGAUUGCACUGUCCAACGAUGGGCACCUCAUGCUCUAUGCCACAUUCAAUGAUACUCUCGUCAGUGAGCAGCAUUUCUCCUGGUACGGCGUCACGAAUUCGCUGGGCAGCGAGAAUCUCUACCCGGAAGUCCGAUCGAUCAGAUACCCAAAGCCAGGUACCAUAAAUCCCACCGUUACGCUCAACAUUGCGGACCUGGCUAACCCAAAGAACAUCCGAAUCCGGGCACUAACACCACCCAUCGUUCUGGCCAAUGAGGAUCGAUACUUCACGAGUGCCGCAUGGAUAUCACAGACUGAAGUCAGCGUUGUGUGGCUCAAUCGACCGCAGAAUCUCUCUGUGGUUAGUCUGUGCAAGAGCCCAAUGUGGGAGUGUCAGGAGACACAUCGCAUCAGUGGGGACAAUCGUGGCUGGGUCGAUGAGUACUCUGUGCCCUUCUUCUCCGCCAAUGGGAGCUCCUACAUUGCUGUCUCACCUCUACGGGAUGGUGGUGCAGGACACUUCAGGCACUUGGUGCACAUUCACAUCCCCAAAAAGCAGAUCCUCCCACUCACGCAUGGACGCUACGAGGUCACGAAAAUCGUCUAUUGGGAUCAAGUUAAUAACUUUAUCUACUACCUGGGUACACCGGAGUACCUUCCGGGGCAGCAACAUCUCUACCGGGUAUCGUCGAGUCCACCCAAGUUUGGGGUUCCUCUGCGACCGCCGCGGUGCCUCACGUGCCCCAGUGUUAGUCGCGUGGGCACAACCACAAAGUCCCCACCGAGAUUAGUGACGAGCUGGGAGGAUGAUUGGGAGGAUGAGGUGGUAACACCAGCUCCACCAACAGUCCCACCCAAAAGGCAGAGGAAGAAGAAGAAAGAUGCUCCCCCACGAGGUCCUCUACCCUGUCAGUACCAUACAGCUCAUUUUGCACCACCAAGUGCAACACCCUUCGUACAGAUUGAUUGCCUGGGUCCGGAAGUCCCUACGAGCGGGAUUUAUCGUAUUGUGCAUGAGAAUCGGGAAAAGCCACUCCAGCUUGUCCUGGCCAUACAGAACAAUACGAGAUUGCGCGAGAAAGUCGCCAAGAUUGCCAUGCCACAGAUAAAAUCCUUCCCUGUGAUGAUUUCCGGUGGCUACUACGCCCAGGUGCGCCUCUUCCUACCACCUGGCCUGCGGGAGGAUGAGAUCACACGCUACCCAAUGAUUUUGCACGUGUACUCAGCUCCUGGGACGCAAUUGGUGACGGAAAAGUGGCGCAUUGACUGGAAUACCUACCUGGCUGGCUCGAAGGACUACAUUGUGACACAAAUUGAUGGUCGUGGCUCCAGUGGGCAGGGCUAUCAGCUCCUCCAUGAGGUCUACAGACGCCUGGGGACAGUGGAGGUGUCUGAUCAGCUCGAAGUCACCGAAUAUCUUCGGGAUAAUUUGCAUUUUGUCGAUAAGCGCCGUGUUGGGGUCUACGGGUGGAGUUUUGGUGGCUUCACAGCCACCCUGGCGCUGGCAAAUUCCCAAUCUCUCUUCCAGUGUGGCAUCAGUGUCUCUCCUGUCACGAGCUGGAAGCUCUACGAUUCCGCGUACACGGAGAGAUACAUGGGACUACCAAAUGUAACGGACAACUACAAGGGCUACGAAGAGGCAGAUCUCACAAAAGUAGCUGAUAUGCUGCGAGACAAGCACUUUAUGAUGGUUCAUGGGACAGCGGAUGAUAAUGUUCAUUUUCAGCAAAGUAUGAUCCUGGCAAAGGCGCUCGCUGCGAAGGGAGCUCUAUUUAAGCAACAAAUCUACCCCGAUGAGGGUCACAACCUGUCAGGUGUUAAGCGGCACCUGUACCGCUCCAUGACGCUCUUCUUCGAAGAUUGCUUUAAGAAACAAAUUCCCAUCGAAAUGAAGUCUGGACUCGGCAAUGGUGGUUCAUCGGAUUAAGCAACAAUCAGAGUAGAGAACUUCUUAAUCUUCAACCACUCUCCCUGCGCCUCCUCCCCUUUGCCAAAAUGCUGCAUCCCUAAGAAAAUUUCUUGAAUUUAGCUAAAAUGCAGAUUUUAUCGUAGAUUUUCUAGCUAGAUUUUCCUAGAGAGCCAUCUCUUUAGCAAUAAUGUACAUUGCAGCAUAUUCAGCGCAGGCAUUUUGGCCAAAGGGGGGCCGCAGCUACGAGAGGUGAUUUGUAUGUUGAACAAAAAAAAAAGACGAAAAAAUGUUUUUAAAAAAAAUUUAAGUGAUGCUAAAAGUGCCAAAUAUUUGAUGUUGUACAACAAUUCGCACCCGCAGCCAUCAGGGAUAAAAAAAACAGCUGAAAAAAGCUCUCCGGAAAAGAGCCACAAAAUAUGCAAUUUGUUUGAGGGACACGCAGGGGGAGGUUAUCUGGUGGAAAGUUAUGUAUUUUUUUUUUAAUUUACGGGUGGAUUGGUUAAAAGGUGAAUUUGAAUUAAUUUAAAUAAAUUGAAAAGUUUUUUUUAGAUUCUUUUUAUUUUAAAGAAAUGAUUGAUAAAUUCUUUUGAUUUUUCUUCAACAUUUGAGCACUUGAUAAAAACUUUUAAUAAAAUUCGAGAGCUUUCAACAAAAAAUUGAUUUUAAAGAAACUAUCGAAUUCUUUUUUUUGUUUUUUUAAUUAAUCGAAUAAAGUACCAAAAGCUCUUACUGAAAGUCUUAAAUAAUUGGCUCCAUCUAAUCGUGACUCAGAAAAAGACUAAUGUUGACUCAAUUCCCUUAUCGCGACUAAAUUUUUGACUCAUCCUUUACCUUAUUUUGUUGUAGAGAUAAGUUAAAAUUGAGUCACCAUAAGGUAAAAGCUAGGUCUUCAUUAGUUAAAAAUUGUGUCUAAAUUAGUCUUCUUUUGCGUCACAAUAAGGUAAAUUUGAGUCAACAUUAGUUUUAACCUUAAAUAAUUAAUUUGCAAAGAAGAUCAAUUUUAAUAAUUAAAAAAAAAUGAAUUAAACACAAGAAAUUCCUCCAGAUAACCUCCCCCCUGGAAACCCCAAAUAUGUUCACAAAAAUAGACAGGAUCCGUUAAAAGGCAACAACAACAAAAACCAAAAAAAAAAAUGAGAAGCCCACACAGAGUAUAUAGAAGAAGAAGAAAAAAAGCUUUGUAUCAAAGAAUGAAUGAAGAGAGAGCACAAAAAAAUGCCCAGAAGAGCUUCGAAAGCAUGACACUGAAAGAGAGAUGUUAGAUAAAUAUCUUCAAUUUUCCCACACUCACCACCACCACCCUCUUCUGGCGGUGUGGGAAGGGCAACAACCAACUAGCAGAAAGAAGAAGAAAAAAAAGAUCUAAAUGUGUAAAUAAAAUUUAGAGAGGAAGGAAUCGCUAAAAAUCAAAAAAUAAAUAAACUAAAAGAGAAACAUUUUGGGCAAUACUAUGGAGGAAGGAAAAAAGCAAAAACGCUCUGAGCACAUCCCGCAUCCAAUUAAUAAUUCACAUAUCGGAAUUGUGUUUUCCACCCCCAUCCCCCACAUAAACACAUAAACUUAUCUCCCCCCCCCUUUUUUCCUCCCUCUUCCACACAGGCAAGCAACUUUUCAAAGCAAUUUUCUUAGCACGUAGGCACACCUGUGAGAAUGAAUCUAGCUAGAGCUACUAUAGCAGAGAGGAAAAAUUUCUUCGUAGAUUUUUUAUUUUUAAUUUCUAUUGCAAAGAAUUUGUAGGUAGAGAGAUACAUUUUUUCUUGCCAGAAUUAGAAUGACGAGAAAGUCAAUAGAAUAAACUGCCAAUUUGAUUAGAAAAAAAAGAAAUGAAAGAAAGAGGUGAGAGGGUACGUAUGAGAAGGAAGAAGAAACAGUUAAAAAUAGAAUUUCCAUUUAAAUAGAAAAUUCAGCAUUGAAAAGGAAAAAAAUGAUAAAUCACAAUGGAAGAUUUUUUUCCAAGAAAAUGAAUGUUAUUUCGGCCUAAAAAAAUUCUUCACAAUUUUCCUUCACCACGCAUUCUUUUACAUUAAUAUCUACCUGUUUUUGAAUGAAGAAGAAAAAUGUAAAUGAGGAGUUUGUGAGGAAAAAUACAGCGUAGGGUGAUUGAAGUGUAAUCAAGCUCUAUGUUUGAGGCGAGAAUAUUUCCAUUCUUGAAAUAAGAAUAUAUAUUUUAUUUAAAUCUGUAAAUGGAAUUUUCAGAAUUUAUUAAGAAAUUUUAUUCAAUAAAAAGAAAUAGGGGAGUCUAGAGCCAGAGUUAGAGCUAUUAAAGUGUGACAAGGCUUCGGAAAAAGCUCAAAAUAGCAUAUUUUUUAGCUUUUCCCUCAACCACUUCUUCUAUUAUCUUCUUACGUACAGAAUUAAGCUCUAUCCUGUGUCAAACUAGUGGAGUUUCUAUGCAAAAUUCCUUCGAAAAGAAUAUUCUUAUUCUCGACUAUUCUUAUUAUUUGUUCCAUUCAAAAGGUUGUGAAAGUUUGCUCAAAUUAAUGUUUUUUUUUUCAUUCAACUUCUCGACAAUCAUUCUGCUCAUGAGAAUUUUCUCCUAAAAAGAACUUUUAUUUAAUUAAUAAACGACAAAUAAACAAAACUAAUUUAAUCAAUUAAAAAGAAAUUUGUAAACUAACUCUACGCGGAAAAAGAAAUUUAAUUAAUUAAAUUUGAAGAUGAGAAAAUUUUAUGUUUGUUCGUUUGUGUGCAAAGUAAUUAAAUUUAGUGAUGAUUAAAAAUGCAACAAGUUUCUUCGGGAAAACUUAGAGAAUUUUCCUUCACUAUUUAUUAACUGAAUUUUGUAGUCAGUAAAAGUUGGGAAAAGUUGGAGAGGUGUUUUCCGUCUAAUUAAUUUUAAAUCUUUCUUAUUUGGAAAUGUUUAAAUCCGGUAGAAUUAUUUUUAAAUUAAUUAAAAUUCAUUUAAUAGUAAUUAAAUUCAUUUUUUUAAUAAGACCUUAAAAAAUUAGUUUAAAAAAAUUAUAUGAAAUAAAAAAAAAGUUAGAAAUCCCAUCUCUAUUACACUUCAAUCACCCCUCUAUGUUGUUAAUAAAAAGGAUAAAAAUUAUUCCUUUAAAAAAAACAUCCAUUUCAUCAUGGGAAAAAUGAGAGAAAUAUUAAAAAAGAAAAUAAAAGUGAAAAGACUUUCUAAGUAUUUCUUAACAAAAAGAAAAUGUAGAAUAAAACUAAAAAAAAAGUAGAUAAUAUUGUUUUAAAAAAUUCAUUAUAUAGAGGAAAAAGAAAAAUUGUAGAAAUAUAUAUACUAUAAAAAUUAAAUAUAAUAAGGGUCCAAAAUAGACACACAACACAAAGAAAACGAAAAAAGAGGAACGUGAAAAUGUUUCCCACUCUGUGAGGAUUUUAAAAGAGAAUUAUGAUGAAGAAAAUAUUGAAUUAGAAUUAAAAAAAAAAAAAAGAUUUAAAUGUCGUAAUUUGAGAAAAACAUUAAAAAAUAUUCACGAGUAAUAGUAAGAAAAUAAAUAAAAAAUUAUGGUAAUAUUGCCUUCUUCCUCUACGUAGAAAAAAAACACAAGAAAACUGUUCCAAAAUAGUGGGAAAAUAAAAAUUAUUUUAAAUUAGAACUGUAUGAAAAAAGGACACAGAGCUCCUCCAGUGAUUAAAGGAACAAAGAAUAAAAUAAAAAAAUUAAAUGAUUUAUCUUAUAAAGAAAAAAAGUUACGAAUUGAGUUGAAAAUAAAAAAAAGAUUUAUAAUAAAGAGAAAAAUGAAGAAUUAGAAAAAGAGAAAUCAUUGUAAAUAGAAUUUCCAUUAAAUUGAGGAAAAAAACUUGUGGGCGUCGUUCCUUGUUAACUUGUUUCUGCAUAUUACAACCACAAGAAGAGAAUUUGUGAGAAAAUUUAUCUUUAUUGAGAGUUAUUACCCCCCAAGAAAAUCAAUUUAGCUCAAACCUUCCAUUAAAUAUUUAUUAAAAAGAAUUUUAGAGAGAAAAAAGUUCUUUAUGUUGCGCGAAACGUGUUAUUUGCGACAAAAAACUAAAGCUCUUUUCAAUCCAAAAAAAAUUAUUAAUAAACGCAAGUUUUGUGAAAAAAAUAAAAGAAAAAGAAUAAACAUUGCAAGGAAGCUGAAUAAAAAAUCUCAAAAAUCGGAGCACAAUUUUCGAAAGAAAAAAAAUAAAAAGAAGAGAAAUCUAGAAAAUAUUCGAUGGAAAUAAAUUGAUUGAAAAGG